UUCAGUAGGUCAAAUAUGGAAGUCAAACAUCACAACACAACAGUAAUCCUACGGCUGCAAAUCACUUCCCCUUUAUAAAAACCCUAAAAAAUCACAAAUAAAUAUCAAUUCCUCCAAAAAGAAAAUAAAAAAAAAUAUCUCACAAUUCUCUUCUCGCUCUUUACAAAAUGGAACCCAACGAUAGCCAGCACCACCACCUCAGCUCCUACUUCACCACCACCACUCCCACCACCACUACCCCCUCGCCGACCAAUGGCCUUCUGCCACCGCCUCCCAAUUCCACUACCGAUAGUGGUGGGGGGCCCCAUAUGGUCUACCCUCUCUCCGUGGGUCCAUCUUCGGCCGCAGUCACCACUGCACCAGCGGAGCCCGCCAGGAGGAAGCGAGGUCGGCCGAGGAAGUACGGGACGCCAGAGCAAGCUCUGGCAGCAAAGAAAACCGCGUCUUCUUCGAAUUCUGUUCACAAGGAGAAGAGGGAAGGCGCUUCUUCGUCGUCUCCUUCUUACUCGGGUUCCUCCAGGAAAUCUCAACAGUUGUUUGCUCUUGGCAAUGCUGGGCAGGGUUUUACUCCACAUGUUAUAACUGUAGCUGCUGGUGAGGAUGUAGCUCAGAAACUUAUGAUGUUCAUGCAACAAAGUAGGCGUGAGAUGUGUAUUUUGUCUGCAUCUGGUUCAAUCUCAAAUGCAUCCCUCCGCCAGCCAGCGACUUCUGGAGGCAACAUUACAUAUGAGGGUCGAUUUGAUAUCAUUUCUCUGUCUGGAUCAUAUGUGCACACUGAUAUUGGAGGGAGAACAGGUGGGCUCAGCGUAUGCCUUUCUAAUACAGAUGGUCAGAUCAUUGGAGGAGGAGUUGGUGGACCCCUAACUGCUGGUGGCCCUGUUCAGGUCAUUGUUGGUACAUUUCUGCUUGACAACAAGAAGGAUGUUAACACUGGCGUGAAAGUUGAUGCUUCUGCCAGCAAGUUGCCUGCAGCAGUUGGAGGGGCGUCGAUGUCAAACAUUGGCUUCCGUUCUCCAGUUGAUUCAUCUUCUGGGAGGAAUCCAAUCAGGGGAAAUGAUGAUCCUCCAGCUAUGGGAGGAAAUCCUUUUAUGAUUCAUCCUCGGGGUAUGCAUGUGGCACCUUUGAGGUCCACAGAUUGGAGGAGUGGUCCGGAUACUAGAGUCAAUUCCGGUUAUGAUUUGACAGGAAGAUUAGGCCAUGGAGCGCACCAAUCUCCUGAAAAUGGGGACUAUGAACAACUUCCAGACUAGGAGAUUAGUUUUAGGGCUUCAAACACCAUUUUCCGGUCUCUCCCUCCCUAAAUGACUCAGGUACUUUGACAAGAGAAAUACAUGUACAAACUUUUUUCAUCUCCUGUGGACUGUAACAUCGUAUAUCUGUACAGGUUACUUGCACUAUUUAACUCUUUGUUAACUCUAUUUAACUCUUUGUUAACUCAUGCUUUUCUAUCCUCUAAAUUAGAAGUGUUGGCCUUGUUAAUAUCUUGGCCUGUACAUAUUAUUGAAA